AUGGACAUCAAAGGACUACUACCUUUUAUACUAGAGAACACAUUUAAGAGUAAAAAACCACUUCUAAGGAUUACUUUUGCUUUCAACGAGGACUCUGCGUUGAUAAGUGAAAAAAAUUGUAACAAUACGAAAAAACUAUUUCCCGAAGUUGUGCAUCAUUAUUUUAAAUUUUUAACCAAAAACAGUGAUCAGCAAUCCCUAGCGUUUCAAUCACAUUUAAAUCUGAGGACAGAUCCAGCUAAGGUCGUUCCUUUAACAGUGAUUUCACCUGAAAUUAUUGAAAAAGUAAAAAAAUAUUUGUGCAUCAACUGUUAUUUUGACAAAUUAGUGUUCUUAUUAUUUUGUUGUGUCGCUUGUGCACCAUUGGAUAACUUCCCAACAUUUUAUUUCAUCUAG